AUGACCAACGGGACACACAGCUCCCUCAAUAGGGGUGGAGGAGGAGGAGGAGGAACUGGCCUACUCAAAAGAGCCCCUACCGGAGAACCGCUAGAGGCAUCUGAAUGGACACCUCAGUGGUAAGAACCACCAUAAAUGCCCCCAGUAGGUGGGUUAAUAGGAUCCAAGUGUAGGUAUUUGAGAGCACCUAUACCGGAACAGGUAUAUGAACAGACACCUUAGACCCACCACCAUAAACACUUCCAGUAGCUGGGUUAGUAGGACCCUUUCUGUAGGUAUUUAAGAGCCAUAAUACGAGAGCCGGUACAGGCAUAUGAAAAGACAUCUCAGCAGUCAGCUGGAGUUUGGAUUACCUGACCUGUGUGCACACCACUCUGGAUAAGUGCUUUGCAUAAACAUGGUCUAUCCAGGGGUACACAGUCCUGCUGGUUUUCAUUUCUUCAUGUUACUGAUUGGCUGGAGAGAACACACCCGCUUUCUCAGGUAGAAUCAGUCCUUAAUAAAAAUGCAAGAACAAAGAUCUGGAGGUCUGUACCCCACAAGGACUGGAGCUGUACACCUGAUGUACCAGGGUUUCCCAAACUCUGUCCUUGGGACCCCAAGGGGUGCACAUUUUGUUUUUUGCCCUGACACUACACAGCUGAUUGCAAUAAUCAACUAAUCAUCAAGCUUUGAUCAUUUCAAUCAGCUGUGUAGUGUUAGGGCAAAAACCAAAACGUGCACCCCUUGGGGUCCCGAGGACCGAGUUUUGGAAACGCUGUGAUAUACGGAUCGAGGCUUGAUUUGUCAAUAAUCUGACAAUGAUAUGGUGUGCUUACCCCCCUCCACACGGAGCGUCUUCAAGCCAACGACUCGGACAACAAAGAAUUCUGUGAGUCAAUGGAAUAUUUAGCCAUGGAGGAGGUAAGUUUUUCUUUUUGAAGAAACUUUGUGUGCUUGCUCCAGCACAUUGAGUCACGGUAACUAGGCUUCUCCAAAACUGCUCUCUGAUGGUCAUUAGUAACCUACCAAACUUGCUAACAGCCAGUCGCUAAUAGCCUGGUACUCAGCGCUCUAUUGUCCCUCUAAUAAUGCUGACAUCGAUGCAAAUGCAAUCGACAAUCAAAUGAAACAUUUUAUGGCUUUCAUAUCAGAGUUUGAUUGGAAUAGGAUCACCUGUUGCACAGCGAGAGCCAGCUUCUCAUGGGCAGCAGGUAGCUUAGUGGUUAAGAGCGUUGUGCCAGUAACCGAAAGGUCGCUGGUUCUAAUCCCUGAACCGACUAGGUGAAAAAUCUGUCGAUGUGCCCUUGAGCAAGGCACUUAACCCUAAUUGCUCCUGUAAGUCGCUCUGGAUAAGAGCGUCUGGUAAAUGUGGUUGAUGCAUGGAAUAAAAUGUGUUCCUAUAAGCCCAUGUUGCGCAACAUUUCUAUAUGCUAUGCAGUUGCGUGAGAAAACAGAGUUUUGAUGGCCCAUCAGCUUUCUAGGCCUACUAUAUUUAUUUCUCAACUUUCCAUAUAUUAAGUACAUUGCUUCGCUUUACAACCGGAGUAGCCUACCUGGCUGGCAUGAAAAUUAACAGCGGGAAAACCGUCCUCCAUUCGCUAUUCAAGUGCAUAUGGAUGACAUCAUUUAAAAAAAAUCUGUUCCGACAGGUGCAUGAUAGUGGCCCAUUCUAAAUCAAAACUAAUUUCACACAUAUAUUAUUUAUUAUAAACUGGGUGGUUUGAGCCCUGAGUGUUGAUUGUCAUACAGCCACGGGUAUGACAAAACAUUUAUUUUUACUGCUCUAAUUACGUUGGUAACCAGUUUAUAAUAGCAAUAAGGCACCUCAGGGGUUUGUGGUGCGUUGCGUCGUGCGUAAGAACAGCCCUUAGCCGUGGCAAUAUACCACACCCCCUCGGGCCUUAUUGCUUAAGGUUUGUAUCACAACUAAAGUGGCCAAAUAACUCUAAGCAUAGCCUAUAGGCCUAUGACCCCUGGAACAGGGUUGGAGAGCCCAUAGCCUACAGAGCCUAGUGAAACGUGUUCUUAUAAGCCCAGUCAUUGUCUAAUUGCGCUACGGAUAACGUUUUUCUUUUGUGGGCCAUUCUAAAAAAAUAUAUGCUUUGCUAGACAGCCAUUUUCAAGUCUUGCCAUAGAUUUUCAAGCCAAUUUAAGUCAAAACUGUAACUAGGCCACUCAGGAACAUUCACUGUCAUCUUGGUAAGCAACUCCAGUGUAUAUUUGGUCUUGUGUUAUUGUCUUCCUGAAAGGUGGAUUUGUCUCCCAGUGUCUGUUGGAAAGCAGACUGAACCAGGUUUUCCUCUAGGAUUUUGCCUGUGUUUAGCUCUAUUCCGUUUUAUUUUUAUCCCAAAAAAAACUCAGUGGUACUCAAGUGACGUGUUGUGUUGGAUUUGCCCCAAACAUAACGCUUUGUAUUUAGGACAUAAAGUACAUUUCUUUGCUACAUUUUCUUUGCUACAUUCACCAUGCUCAAAGGGAUAUUCAAUGUCUGUUUUUUUAUUUAUUUUUUACCCAUCUACCAAUAAGUGCCCUUCUUUGCGAGGCAUUGGAAAACAUCCCUGGUCUUUGUGGUUGAAUCUGUGUUUGAAAUUCACUGCUCGACUGAGGGACCUUACAGAUAAUUGUAUGUGUGGGGUACAGAGAUGAGGUAGUCAUUGAAAAAUCAUGUUAAACACUAUUAUUGCACACAGUGAGUCCAUGCAACUUAUGUGACUUGUUAAGCUAAUUUUUAUUCCUGAACUUAUUUCGGCUUGUCAUAACAAAGGGGUUGAAUAAUUAUUGACACAAGACAUUUCAGCUUUUCAUUUUGAAUUAAUUUGUAAACAUUUCUAUAAACAUAAUUCCACUUUGACAUUAUGGGGUAUUUUAGUGUAGGCCAGUGACACAAAAUCUACAUUUAAUUAAUUUUAAAUUCAAGCUGUAACACAACAAAAUGUGGAAAAAGUCAAGGGGUGUGAAUACUUUCUGAAGGCACAAUUAGAAGGCUUUAUGUAAAGACCAGAUUAAAUUGAGAAUAGUCUGAUGGAUGAGAAUAUUAUCAAGUGCUUGUCAAAUUGUGAAUGAGAGGUUGAUGAAGUGUGUGCAGCCUGCGUAAGAAACAGAGCAGAGCGCAUGCCUUUCAUGCAACGUUUUUCCAAUCAUCAUUAUUUGCAGACCUUAGAAUGUAUUAGAAAUCAAAACAUAUAGCCUAAGGUUUAUAUCACAACUAAAGUUGCAUAAAUAACUCUACAUUAAGGGAACAUAGAAAAAUAUAUAUAACCUCAUAUUCAUAAUGUCUAGCACCACCCCAACAUCAACAUACAGUGCAUUCGGAAGGUAUUCAGACCCCUUGACUUUUUCCACAUUUUUUUAGAUUACAGCCAUUUUUUUUAUAUCAUCGAUUUACACACAAUAUCCCAUAAUGACAAAGUGAAAACUGAUUUUUAGAAAGUUUGGCAAAUGUAUAUAAAAAAAGAACUGAAACACCUUAUUUACAUAAGUAUUCAGACCCUUUGCUAUGAGACUCGAAAUUGAGAUGUUUCUACAACUUGAUUGGAGUCCACCUGUGGUAAAUUCAAUUGAUUGGACAUGAUUUGGAAAGGCACACACCUGUCUAUAUAAGGUCCCACAGUUGACAGUGCAUGUCAGAGCAAAAACCAAGCCAUGGUGUCGAAGGAAUUGUCCGUAGAGAUCAGAGACAGGAUUGUGUCGAGGCACAGAUCUGGGGAAGGCUACCCAAAAAUGUCUGCAGCAUUGAAGGUCCCCAAGAACACAUUGGCCUCCAUCAUUCUUAAAUGGAAGAAGUUUGGAACCACCAAGACUCUUCCUAGAGCUGGCCACCCGGCCAAACUGAUACAAUCGGGGUAGAAGGGCCAUGGUCAGGGGGGUGACCAAGAACCCAAUGGUAACUCUGACAGAGCUCUAGAGUUCCUCUGUGGAGAUGUAGAACCUUCCAGAAGGACAACCAUCUCUGCAGCACUCCACCAAUAAGGUAUUUAUGGCAGAGUGGCCAGACGGAAGCCACUCCUCAGUAAAAGGCACAUGACAGCCCACUUGGAGUUUGCCAAAAGGCACCUAAAGGACUCUCAGACCAUGAGAAACAAGAUUCUCUGGUCUGAUGAAACCAAGGUUGAACUCUGUGGCCUGAAUGCCAACGGUCACGUCUGGAGGAAACCUGUCACCAUCACUACGGUGAAUCAUGUUGGUGGCAGCAUCCUGCUGUGGGGAUGUUUUUCAGCAGCAGGGACUGGGAGACUAGUCAGGAUUGAGGGAAAGAUGAACGGAGCAAAGUACAGAGAGAUCUUUGAUGAAAACCUGCUCCGGAGCGCUCAGGACCUCAGACUGGGGUGAAGGUUCACCUUCCAACAGGACAACGACCCUAAGCACACAGCCAAGACAACGCAGUAGUGGCUACGGGACAAGUCUUUGAAUGUCCUUCAGUGGCCCAGCCAGAGCCCGGACUUGAACCAAAUCGAACAUCUCUGGAGAGACCUGAAAAUACCUGUGGAGCGACGCUCCCCAUCCAACCUGACAGCGCUCACCCCCCUUGGCAUUAUUCCAAUUUAGUUGCCUUACAACCUGGAAUUAAAAUGGAUUUUUUGGGGUUUUGUAUCAUUUGAUUUACACAACAUGCCUACCACUUUGAAGAUGGAAAAUAUAAGAAGAAAAAAAACAGAAAACUUGAGCGCGCAUCUCCGCUGUGGAGCUUCUUCAGGGUUAUUUACAUUUACGUCAUUUAGCAUACGCUCUUAUCCAGAGCAAUUAGGGUUAAGUGCCUUGCUCAAGGGCACAUCGACAGAUAUUUCACCUAGUCAGCUCGGGGAUUAGAACCAGCGACCUUUCGGUUAGUGGCACAACGCUCUUAACCACUAAGCUACCUGCUGCCCCUGCCACCAUUGGGUUAUCUUUGAUCUCUUUGUUGCCUCUCUGAUUAAUGCCCUCCUUGCCUGGUCCGUGAGUUUUGGUGGGCGGCCUUCUCUUGGCAGGUUUGUUGUGGUGCCAUAUUCUUUCCAUUUUUUAAUAAUGGAUUUAAUGGUGCUCCGUGGGAUGUUCACAGUUUCGGAUAUUUUUUUAUAACCCAACCCUGAUCUGUACUUCUCCACAACUUUGUCCCUGACCUGUUUGGAGAGCUCCUUGGUCUUCAUGGUGCCGCUUGCUUGGUGGUACCCCUUGCUUAGUGGUGUUGCAGACUCUGGGGCCUUUCAGAACAGGUGUGUGUGUGUGUGUGUGUAUAUAUAUAUAUAUAUACUGAGAUCAUGUGACAGAUCAUGUGACACUUAGAUUACACACGGUGGACUUUAUUUAACUAAUUAUGUGACUUCUGAAGGUAAUUGGUUUCUGAAGGUAAUUGGUUGCACCAGAUCUUAUUUAGGGGCUUCAAUACAUAUGCAUGCACCACCUUUCCAUUAUUUUAUUUUUUUUGAAACAAGUUAUUUUUUUCAUUCCAUUUCACCAAUUUUGACUUUUGUACAUGUCCAUUACAUGAAAUCCAAAUAAAAAUCAAUUUAAAUUACAGGUUGUAAUGCAACAAAAUAGGAAAAACGCCAAGGGGGAUGAAUACUUUUGUAAGGCACUGUAUGCUAUUCUUUUCUUCUGAAAUACGCUACAUUUUCUUCAUAUCAUGUUUCUUUAGACCUGCCUAAAAUAAAUAAUGGAUUUAUUGUGAUGGUGUAGGCUAUAUUAAAUUGAUUUAUUCGACUUUUUAAAAUGUAAAUGUUCCGCAUCAGUGGCUUGUAGGCGACAUGUGUUUGCCCGAAGAUGCUCAACGUGUUUAUGUUCAUUAACGGUCAAUUACCAUGAGAACGACAGCUAUUUGCAUGACGGUUACUGGCUGACACUAUUUCAUGAACGCCACAGCCCUAGUUGUCUCCACAGUAAUAGGGAGUACCCAGGGUACACUUCUCCGGGACAAAGGCAAGUCAGACUAAGAGGAGGAGUUUUCAGAGAGACACUAAGAUAGCCCUGGAUGAGGAGGACAUGAGGAAAACUCCCCUCGCAGGGAGGGACUUCAUACCGAACGACGUGACAGUUGCUGGUCAAUGAGUGGAAUAGGUGGGUCUGUAGACAUUUUCUCAUUUGUUUAAGUUAUUUAGAAAAUACAAUCAGUAACAUUUGAUCCCUUGAUUAAGUUGAAAUCUUUCUUCUGUGCUUCUGGGCUGGUAUUUAUAAAACUUCCAUUCAUUCUAAUCUACAUGAAAGGCCAAAGUGAUCCUAGAUCUGCACUUCUACUCUAACGUAUGACGUUUUGUGAAUACAGGCCCUAAAGUCCAUAGAGUAAUGAUGGCUCACUGCCUAUUGUUUGUUGUAUAGGUUUCAGGUCAUUAGGGCUAGGUUCCGGGUCACAGCUUUGUACCAAUGGAAAUGCAGCAGAGCGCUGGGUUAUGCAAAGCAGGACUGAGGCUGUUGCCGCUGGUAACCUUAAUGAGCACAUUGCCGUGGCGCUGACAAGGCUGCAGGAGGACAUGACUAACAUGCUUCAGAGGGUGAACACUCUGGAGGCCCUGACCACAUUACAGGUGAGAUCAAUGUCUAAAAACCAUAGAUACAACUUUAAAUCCUGACUGUAUCACAGUACGGUCUAAAACCCUAGCUGCAUCACAAGUUUUUAUUUUACAUUUAUUUUGACAGGUGGUCGACAGGUAG